AGCGUGGAGCUGCCGUGGGUUUGUUGCCGGAGGUCGAGCGCGUCGCGAGGCCAAUGCUUGGUUUCUGCGCGCGGUCGUAGGAGCGGGGGGUCACACCGGGCUCCGGAAGCCGCGCGCUCAUCCUGGAUACCGCCUCCUGAGCCUCGCGCGCCGCCGUCGGGUGAGAAGCGCGAGAGAAGCCGCCGCCAGUCCGUGGGCCUCAACGCAAUCGGCUGGACCCUCUCUGUCAACACGGCCGCGGUUAGCGGCGUAGCAGUUCGGCGUCGUCAGGUUUUACCACUGUUCGAGAUGAAGAGGAAAGGGCGGCAGCAGCGAGGGCCGACGCAGCCGCCACGGCCCGCCUCGCCCAUCCGGCCCUCGCCCAAUCGCGAGACCCUGACGUAUGCGCAGGCGCAGCGCAUGGUGGAGCUGGAGAUGGAGGGCCGCGUGCACCGCAUCAGCAUCUACGACAAGCUGGAGGUCAUCUCGGAGGAUGACCCCACGGCUCAGGAGAUCAUCGAGUGCAACAGUAAUAAGGAGAACAGUGAGAAGCCGCAGCAGGCGGUGGUGCGCUCCGCGCGGCUUAAGAGCAACCAGCAGAAGAGGAAUACGGCACUGGCCAGUGUGCCGGCUCCACAGGCCCCAGGGGGCACGCUACCCGAGCCUAAGAUCCGUACGGUGGAGUACAACCUGCCUGUAGUGCCUCGCCGGCCAGCUGGCUACUACACCUAUGUAGAGAAGACCCCGGAGGAGCUGGAUGAGGAGGUGGAGUAUGACAUGGACGAGGAGGACUAUGCCUGGUUGGAUCUGAUCAAUGAGAAGAGACGCUGUGAGGGUUUCAGUCCGGUGUCGCACAACGUCUUUGAGUUCCUCAUGGACCGCCUAGAGAAGGAGUCGUUCCUGGAGAACCAGGGCCAUGGGGAGCCACAGUCACUGAUAGACGAGGACGCCGUGUGCUGUAUCUGCAUGGACGGCGAGUGCCAGAACAGCAACGUCAUCCUCUUCUGUGACAUGUGCAACAUGGCCGUGCACCAGGAGUGCUACGGCGUGCCCUACGUACCCGAGGGCCAGUGGCUGUGCCGCCUCUGCCUGCAGUCGCCCUCGCAGCCCGUCGACUGCAUCCUGUGCCCCAACAAGGGCGGCGCGCUCAAAAAGACGGAGGACGACCGCUGGGGUCAUGUGGUCUGUGCCCUGUGGGUGCCCGAAGUGGGCUUCGCCAACACGGUCUUCAUCGAGCCCAUCGAUGGCGUGAAGAACAUCCCUCCCGCACGCUGGAAGCUCACCUGCUACCUCUGCAAGGAGAAGGGGGUGGGGGCCUGUAUACAGUGCCACAGGGCAAACUGCUACACCGCCUUCCAUGUCAGCUGUGCGCAGAAGGCUGGCCUCUAUAUGAAGAUGGAGCCCAUCAAAGAAAUGACAGAUUCAGGCACGCCGACAUUCUCAGUGAAGAAGACGGCCUACUGUGGUUCCCAUACGCCCCCCGGCUGCGUCCGGAGGCCCCUCACCAUUUACGAAGAUGCCAAAGACCGGAGCCAAAGAGGGGACCGGGCCAGUGGGAGGUCGCGGUCGAAAGGCAGCCACAAGAAGAAGAACAAGAAGGAGGAGUGUGAGCCCCUGGCAGCAGUCCCAGCAAUUUCUGUGCCUAGCAUCCCCCCCCAGAGGUUGAACACAAUCCUUAAUCAGGUCUCUGUCCAAAAGAAGAAGGCGGUCAUGGAGCUAGUUCUGAACUACUGGGUGCUGAAGAGGCAGUCCAGGAACGGCCUGCCUCUGCUCAGGCGGCUCCAGUCCGGCAUGCAGUCCCAGAGGACCGUGCAGCCGAAGGAGAGCGAGGAGGAGAGCCGGGCGCUGAAGGAGCAGUUGAAGGAGUGGCACCGCCUGCGCCAUGACCUGGAGCGGGCUCGACUGCUGCUAGAACUGAUCCGGAAGCGGGAGAAGCUCAAGCGAGAAGAGGUGAAGCUGCAGCAGUCCAUUUUGGAGGUCCAGCUCACUCCAUUUACCAUUUUGCUACGUUCCAUAUUGGACCAACUUCAGCAGAAGGACCAAGCCAAGAUCUUUGCCCAUCCUGUUAACCUAAAAGAGGUACCGGACUACUUGGACCACAUCAAGCACCCGAUGGACUUCUCCACCAUGAGGAAGAGGGUUGAGGCUCAGGGCUAUCGGAAUCUGGAUGAGUUUGAGGAUGACUUCAACCUCAUUGUGUCCAACUGCAUGAAAUACAAUUCCAAGGACACCAUCUUCUACCGGGCAGCUCUGCGUCUCCGGGACCAAGGCGGGGUCGUGCUUAGGAAGGCACUACGGCAUGCAGAAAACAUCGGGUUUGACUAUGGUAGCGGGAUGCAUCUUCCAGAACCUCCCAAGCUGGAGCCGUCGCUGCCUUUCUCCUGGGAAGAUGUAGACCGGCUGCUGAACCCGGGCAGUCGGCAGCACAUGUGCCUGGAGCUGCAGCUGAAGGAGCUGCUGGAGAAGCUGGACCUCACAUGUGCCAUGAAGUCAAGCCCUUCACGCAGCAAGCGGCUAAAGCUACUGAAGAAGGUCAUCGCCGACGUGCGGCACGAGAUGAGCCUUCGGGCCGAUGUCCUCCCGUGCAUCCCAGAACCGGCGUCCGGGGGCCAGGGAGUGGAGGAGGACGGGGACAAGUCUUUACCACCUAAGCUGGAGCCGUCCGACCUGCUGCCACCCCAGAACUUGGAUGGGGACUCGGAGCCGCCUACUCUUAAGCCUGUUCACCCCAACCCCGAGGGCCGGUGCAGUCGGCGCGUGAAGUUCGACAGCCAACAGGACUGCGUGCCUGGGGGCAGGGAGGUGUCCAACGGGCCGACCCUAGACCCCCCGGCGCUCUCUCCUGAUGGCGACGUGUCCGCUGCCUCCAUGCCAGCCGAGCCCUCCGGCAACGUCAACCGCCGCACCUCGGUUCUCUUCCGCAAGUCGAAGAGCAUGAGCCCCCAGAAGCUGGUGAAAGCGGGUGAGAGCCCCACCAGCGGCCCCCAGUUGGGCACCAAAACAUUCCUCUCCGUGGUCCUUCCCCGACUGGAGACACUGCUGCACCCCAGGAAGAGGUCUCGCAGCGCCAGUGGGGAGAGCGAGCCCGAGGAGGAGUCCCCGGUCAAGCGCUUGGAUACUGGAUUGUCCAAUGGCUUUGUCGUGGAGCAGGACGAGGAGUCCAGUCCCAGCGGGCAGGCGGAGCCGCGACAGAGGUGUGCCUCCGAGUCCAGCAUCUCUUCCAGCGGCAGCCUCCUGUGCAACACCAGUUUCAGCCUCCCGAAGUGUGGCAAAGGCAAGCCAGCACUUGUGCGGAGGAACCCCAUUGACGACAAGAGCGAGCUCAUCGCCUGCAUCGAGACGGGCAACUUCGCCAAGGCCGCCCGGCUCGCUGCUGAAGUGGGUAACAGCAGCAUCUGGAUGCCGGCUAACGCCUCCACUGUAAUGCUGGAGCCGCUAAAACUCGUCUGGGCGAAGUGCAGCGGCUAUCCCUCCUACCCAGCCCUGAUAAUAGACCCCAAGAUGCCGAGGGUGGGCUGUCACCAUAAUGGCGUCUCCAUCCCCAUGCCCCCCAUGGACGUACUCAGGAUCGGCGAGCAGAUGCAGUACAAAUCGGGCGAGAAGCUCUUCCUAGUGCUCUUCUUCGACAACAAGCGUAGCUGGCAAUGGCUUCCUAAAUCAAAGAUGGUUCCCCUGGGAAUCGACAAAACCAUCGACAAGAUAAAGAUGAUGGAGGGCCGCACUUCCAGCAUCCGCAAGGCCGUGCAGACAGCAUUCAAGCGAGCCAUGAAUCACCUGAGCCGUGUGCAGGACGAGCCGGUCAGUGAUCUCAGCGACAUCGACUGAGCCCUCCCGCCCCCCCCCCAAUCCCCAACCCCCAACCCCCAACCCUGGAUGUACCCAGUGUUACCCCCAGCAGAGGCCUGACCUGUCACUCUCCCCUAUGGUCUGCGCCCGGUGGUCUGCGCCCGCUGCUCCCUCACCCUGCCUUUUCUGGACUGAGGUUGUCACUCCGCAAACACGUCCGAUUUUCCUUCUCCAUUCACGGUCUGCCUCCUUCCUCACUGUCGCUGUACAAUUGGCCCUUUUUUUUGGUCAUUCACUCCAACUGGUAAAUAAGUUUGUAUUUAAUAAACUUUGUAAAUAUUUGUACAUUUUCCCGACACUAACUUAUUCUGUAGAUUUUAAACUGGUACUGUACAUUAUUUUUUAUUAAUAUUUAUACUGAUUUAUGUUAGCACAAUGGUGUGUCUCUUAAUGGUGCUAUAAACUAAAGUAAAAAUGAGAUUCAUAUAGGGCUAAGAUGCUGUUCCUGAAGGGUUUCAACUCAUUUUUCAGUUCAUUCUCAGUUAAGUUAUUGAAGCUACAUGAACUUCUUGGCAUAAAAGUUUUAUUUUUUUUAAGCAGAAUGUUUUUGGAAAAUGUCAGUAUGUUUCGCUUGUAUAUAUUUAUAUAAAUAUAUAUCUGUAUACUUCAGAUGAUUCAUGGGAAAUCGGUGGUAUCUAUGGAAACCGCAAGUGCGUCAUUCUCACGAAACCAAAAAUGCUGCCCGGCCUUGCCUCUUUCCCUCCGUUUUCCCCCUCGUGUUUUUUCGUUACCGUGUUGUGUAACAGGCAUCGCUCUGAAAUGUACCUUUUAUGUUCCUGUGCCUGGUGGUUCGGGCUGCCGCGGAGACCGGCGGUGACAGCGUAUCGGGCGUGCCCCUGUGCUUUAACCCCCGCCGCGCGUCACGCCUUCGAUGGGAGGGAAGCGGAUGCUGAAACGGCAGCACGUGUGGAGAGAUCCUGCUUUGUUCAUUUCAUACUGUCAGUGGACUGUGUGUGGUCCUGUCCCUUUAACGGUUGAGCUGUGAUUACUUGUGUUUGUUCAUUCAGUAGGGUCCUGGGUAGCAGUGGGGGAUGUUUUGGAGAGUUCUCCUAUGGUAUGUUACGUACAUAGACUUGGUACUUUUUUUAUUUUAUUUUUUGUUUUUGUUGGAAAACCACGUUAGAUACUGGAGUCGGCCCUGGAAUGGCCAAAAGAUUCAUUUUUUUAUGAAUAUGCUGAUAAUAAAAAAAAGAUGUGGAUUUGAA